AAAAUGGCGACGAUCAUGUGACCAAAAAUUUACUGUGACACGUAUUCACCUGUUUCUCGGCUUGCAGACCAUCUUUUUUAUAAGCACUUCAGCUGAGUAUACAUUUGAUAGUUUGUGAUUGUUCAAAGUGGUCAAAAUACGUCCAAUCCUUAUAAAACUACUAUAAAUCGAUGCCGAAAGAAGUCUACUUGAAAAUGACGUAAUGCACUUGUGCGCAUGCGUCAAUUACUGACAGCCAUUUUUACAGGAGAAAGCUGUGAACAUAAUCUCUCAUAUUUUUAUGAUUAUCAGAGGGUUCUUCUGAUAGAAAAGGACCAAACAGUGAAUUCAAAUAGUCGACAUAAUGUCUGACUUCGAACAGAACCCAUUUGCUGAUCCUACGACGGCAAACCCAUUUGCAGAUCCCUCAGUACAAAGUGCUACACGAACCCAAGCUCCCCAAAAUGCAGAAUUCAACCCCUUUGCUGCACAAAACACAACACAGGUUGCUGGCGCCACUCAGCCAGCAGCAGCCAGACCCCCCAACCCCCAACCUGCUGUCAUGCAACCUACGGAGGCACCCCCAGCCUACACAGCCAGUCCAGCACAAAAUGUCAACACAGAUGAUCUACAGAAAAGACAAGAAGAAUUAGAAAGGAAAGCAGCUGAAUUACAAAGAAAAGAACAAGAAAUGCGAGCUGGAACAUACAAUGCACGACAGAAUAACUGGCCACCAUUGCCGAAGUUCUUUCCAAUAGGUCCCUGUUUUUAUCAAGACUUUGAAGUAGAUAUACCAGCAGAAUUCCAGAGAAUCGUCAAAACUAUAUAUUAUUUAUGGGGGUUUUACACAAUUGUGCUCAUGUUAAACCUCCUUGGGUCAUUAGCAUAUUUUAUCGCUGCGCCAGCUGAGCGCAAGAGUUCCGCGGGAACACAGUUUGGAAUGUCUAUACUGUUCCUUAUACUGUUUACGCCCUGUGCAUUUAUCUGCUGGUAUAGACCUGUUUAUAAAGCCUUCAGGAGUGACAGUUCCUUUAACUUCUUUAUGUUUUUCUUCGUGUUUUUCUUCCAAUUCUGUGUGAAUGUCAUCCAAGCUGUAGGCAUUGAUGGAUGGGGCUAUUGUGGCUGGAUUGUUGGACUUGGUAUGGUAGGAACCAAUCCUGCAGUGGGAGCUAUCAUGUUGAUCAUUGCUCUCUUCUUUACUCUAACAGCUGUAGCAGUUAUGGUACUACUUAUUAGGGUUCAUCGGUUAUACCGCAACACUGGUGCCAGUUUUGAAAAAGCGCAAGCGGAAUUUGCAUCUGGAGUUAUGUCGAAUAAAAAUGUGCAAAAUGCUGCAGCAACAGCUGCAACAUCAGCAGUUCGUAAUUCAAUGCAACCCCAAGGGGAUAACAAAUACUAAAUGCUCCCUUAGAGAGUGGAAUUCCAUAUGGGGAAAAGAAAGAUAGGAUGCUCCCCUUGUAAAUGAACUGAGUUGAUUCGUGGAGGGGUGGCGUAUAUACCACCCUAUAAUUGUGCAUAUUGUGAAUAAGGCUAUAUAUACUCAAGGCACUAAGUGUUAAAGAAUGGAUUACAAAACAGUCAACAUGGUACUAAUGUAUUAAAUAUUGUUGAUGGUUUUGUAAAAUGUCUGUAUGUGAUAUAUAUACAAAAGUGCUUCUUCUUACAUUCUAUAAAUACUGUUUAUAUGUAAUAUAUUAGGCCUCUCAUAUUAUCUGUGAACCUGCUAAUGCAUUGCUUCAGUUGGACUCUAACAUUUGAAGUAAGCAGAACAUUCUUGAACACUUUGAAAUAU